CAAACGUCAACGUCAUACAAUGUCAACUUGACAAACUAAACAAAUUGUGAAAUUGUUGCAAAGUCGCCGCUACUAAAAAUUUAAAUAGCUAAAAAUACAGCUAGUAAAUCAUAAGAUUUAAUACCAAUAUGACUGAAACUAAAAAGACAGAGACACCAGAGGUGGUAAAAAUCAACAAAUGGGAUGGAGCUGCGGCCAAGAACGCUGUAGAUGAUGCCGUCAGAGAGGUCCUGACUGGUGACCUGAAGUGCAAGGAGAGCUUCGCGCUGAUUGACGGGCGCCUUUUCCUUUGUGCACUUGCAGUGGGUGUUGCUCUCUACGCACUGCUGUGGGACUAUCUCUACCCAUUCCCACAGUCCAGACUGGUGUUAGUGAUCUGCGUGUCCUCGUACUUCGUGCUGAUGGGGGUGCUGACGCUGUACACCACAUUCAAGGAGAAGGGCAUCUUUGUGGUAGCGCGCGAGACCGUUGCCGCCGGCACGCGUGUAUGGGAGGCCAGCUCUUAUGUUAAGAAACACGACGACAAAUACCACCUGGUCCUGGUCCUACGUGACACGAACGGCAAGUUUCGAGAAGCUUCCAUCAACAAGUCCUUCGCGAACUACAUCGACAGCUCCGGAGUGGUCGCUCAGGCCACUGUCACCAGCGAGAUCACAAGACUCUACAACUCACUGCUGUCAGAGAAGAAGGAGAAGUAGAGCUGUCUCGCUCUAACACACAGCCCAGAGGAUAAGGACGAAUCUCGUCUCUCGCUCUGGCGUAUAGCGUAAGCGUCUGUCGGAUGUAAUCUUCAUGUUUCGAAUAAAAGCGUGGUAUGACAGA